UCUCUCUCUCCACUUCCAAAACCGCCCAGCUCUUCACAGGCGGCGCCUUGCAGCGAGAUGGAUCUGACGCAGGUGCUGCCGGAGGAAAUACUCGCCGACGUGCUCCGCCGCGUCGCGCCGCGCGGCCUUGCCGUGUGCCGCUGCGCCUGCAAGGCCCUGCUCGCCGUCAUCGACGCCCGCCGCCUGCUGCGCGGGGACCUCCUCCCGCUCUCCGUCGGCGGCGUAUUCAUCAAUUUCUACUGCGAACGUGUGUCGGAGUUCUUCGCCAGUCCCUCCACCGGCCCCACCAUCUCCGGCAGGUUCGACUUCCACCCAUACUGGAUUAUGAUCGCCCUGUUCUUGGCCCAUGGGUCUUACAAGAUAUUAACUAUAAUGGGUAUCUCAAAGAGAGAAAGGAUCUCAUUGAAGGUGGCGAAGAUACAGAAUACAUGGAAUACCUAAAAGAAAACAAAUUAGAGUUAAACUCCGGCAAGGAACAGCUAGUGGAAGAAAAGUUUGAAUGGGACUCCGAAAAUGACAACAUACUUCAUAAGGAAGAUGUGGUUGAUGCUCGUGGCAAUGGAUACUUUGAUAUCCUUGGAUUCCAUCCAUAUAAAGAAAUUGCCUUUCUGGGUGUAUCAAUGUACAGAGGAAUUGCCUAUCAUUUGAAAUAUUCGAAGGUUCAGGACCUUGGCUACUUAUACCCAACAACUUGUCAUUUGGCAUUGCAGAACGAGUGUUUCAUAACCGUGUCAUUUCCAUAUACACCUUGUUUGACAGGGUACCGGUAAGCAAUUAACAAGAAUGUACAAGGGCAUCUUAGAGACUGGUAUGCUGGUUUUUUUUUUUUUUUGACGGGUAACUGGUAUGCUGGUUGGAACCCAAUUGUACAAGAAUGUACAAUGGCCCAAUCAUGUUUAAGGCCUUGUUCAUUUUUAUUUAGCACUGGAUUUAUACUUAUCCAAUGAAGUGUCCAUAUUUUCCAUGUCGGUUCUAAGAACAUGUGACGUAACAGUGUAUCAUCAGAAAAUGGA